AAAUAAAAAUGUUCCUUCAAUGCAAGGCAUAUAUCCUCACGUGAAGUGAUACUGCUUAUAGGUCGGGCGAGAUGACCUUAUUCGCUGAACUCUGUGUUUUGUUUUUUGUUUGGCAUUGAGCUUGUCGCUGCUGAAAAGUUGCUAUUUUUUUUGCUGAAUUUAGAACUGGACUGGACGCGGAUUCGAUUGCAGACGAUUGUGGCCGAGCAAGAAAGUAGGUAAUUGCAAAGUCGAAUGGGUGAGAAGCGGUGACGAAAAGAUUUCAAAAUGAGCGGCCACUUGGAGGAUCUAAGCCCGAGUCAAGCGCGGGAUCUCGAGGAGUUUCGCCGAAUUCUUUCCGACGUCUUAAAGCCAAAGCACGAUGACAGACUCCUGCUUCAGUUCCUUAGAGCAAGGCGCUUUGACCUCAAAAAGGCUGAAGAUAUGUUUAGAAAGCACCUCCAGUUUCGAGAAGAAUACGACGACGAUUAUCUUCUGACAGAAUAUAAACCACCAGAGUUGCUGAUAAAGUAUUUCCUGCCGCCUCUCAUGGGUUAUGACCACGAUGGAUGUCCCGUAAGAAUUAUCAAUGCAGGUCCGGCUGACAUAAAAGGUAUUGUAAGUUGCUUUCGUAGACCAGAAAUCCGCAGGUGCGUCACCUACUUCUUAGACAAAGACAAAGAAGAGAUGAAGAAGAGGAAUGAAGAGCUCCUUCCUUUUUCGCUUGGAUGUUCAGUAUGAUCAAGUCUUUGCUGUCAGAAGACACCGUGAAAAAACUUAAAAUUUACGGCCACAGUGGUUGGAAAGAAGACCUCCUCCAAGCAAUGGAUCCAGAUAUCCUGCCCGUUAUCUAUGGAGGGACUAAGACAGACCCGGACGGAGACCCAAGAUGUCGUACGAUGAUUCCUCCAGGCGGCCCCAUCCCCACGAAGUACUACCUGAAGAACACGCAGAAGCUGAAUCCGGAGGACGAGAACGUGCAGAGGGUGGUGGUUGGCAGACGAUCGAAGCACAUCGCCCCCAUCAGGGUGGAACUCCCGGGUUCCACGAUCUGCUGGGAGGUGGAGUGCCAGAACUGCGACAUCAACCUGUACCUGCUGCACACGGAUGGUCCUGCUGCCGAAGUGGUCGUCGAGCCGACGCGUGUCAACAACAACCUGGGGCUGGAGAAGGGAUUCUUCAUGGCCGAAAGGGCGGGAAACUACGCUAUCGUAUUUGACAACAGCUACAGUCUGCUUCGCAGCAAAACCAUCCUGUACAAGUGUUACAUAGCAACAUCGACAGCUCGGGAAUACGAACCUCUGCAAUUCGUCAAGAAGAGUUGAGAAAUCUCGGGGCCUAUCCCCUGGCUCAGUGACAAAGGCUGAACACUUUUUUUUAUACUGCUACACAUUCCAAAAGCUUUAAGACAGCUAUUUGUGAUACACUUGCAUUUUGUUUUGUAAAUAGGCGAUUUUUUUUAACGAAUUUGAAGAACUGAGUGAAGAGAACAAUAGAAAAUUAUAAAAUAAAG